AUGGAUCAUCAGUUGCACAGCAUGCUGGGAUACCUACAUGAUAAGACUAUUUUGAUUACUGGAGCAACUGGCUUCCUUGGAAUGGUUCUUGUAGAGAAAAUUUUGAGGGUUCAACCGAACGUCAAGAGACUGUAUCUUCUUGUAAGAGCUACUGAUGUCAAGUGUGCCACAGAUCGAAUGAAGAACGAGAUCCUAGGGAAGGAGUUGUUCAAGAUUCUGAGAGAAACAUGGGGUGCAGAUUUUGACUCCUUUGUUUCUCAAAAAGUCAUUGCUUUACCUGGAGAUGUAAGUUCUGAUGAGAACCUGGGAGUGAAAGAUAUGAUAUUAUUGGAAAAUAUAUGCAAUGAGAUACAAGUCCUAGUGAGUUCAGCAGCAAAUACCAACUUUGAUGAGAGAUAUGAUAUAUCCUUGAGCAUCAAUACAUUCGGAGUUCUUCACAUGCUGAGCUUUGCAAACAAAUGCUUAAAGUUAGAGAUGCUUCUCCACGUAUCAACAGCAUAUGUGUGUGGGGAAAAGGUAGGGCUCAUACUAGAAGACUCAGCUUCAAUGGAUAAGAGGGUCAAGGAGACGCUUAGAGUUGAUUUCGAAGUAGCAGAAAAGAACCUAGUGAAUGAAAAAUUGAAUGAAUUGAAAACACAAGGUGCUUCAGAAGAAACUAUUACCUACACAAUGAAGAACUUCGGCAUCGAAAGGGCUAAACUUCAUGGAUGGCCAAACACCUAUGUAUUUACAAAGAUGAUGGGAGAAGUACUUUUAACUCGUCACUCUAAGGAAAAUCUACCUUUUGUCAUUGUGCGUCCACCUAUAGUUUCUAGCACAUACAGUGAACCAUUUCCAGGUUGGGUUCAAGGUUGCAGAACUGUUGAUAGCGUAAUUGCUGGUUAUUGUAAAGGGAAGCUGGAAUGCCUACUUCUGAAUCCUAUGACAAUAUCUGAUAUUAUUCCUGUGGAUAUGGUGGUAAAUUCAAUAAUAGCAGCGAUUGUGGUGAAUGCAAAUAAGUCAUGUGGCACCAUUUACCAUGUUGGAAGCUCAGGAAGAAAUCCUAUAAAAUUUUAUGAUAUUCGUAAGUUUGCAUUCAAAUACUUCACCAAAUAUCCAUGGAUUAACAAGGAUGGUAAGCUUAUCAAAGUGAGGAACAUCCCAAUAUUCAAGACUAUGGCUACUUUUUCUAUGUACAUGAAAAUUCGCUAUUCGCUUCCUGUGAAGGCAUUGAAGUUGGUUAACAAAGUAUCUGGCCAAUUUUUUCAAGAUGUGUAUGUCAAGUCUAACCAGAAACUCAAACUGGCGAUGCGCAUGGUGGAGCUAUACCGUCCCUAUAUGCUAUUCAAGGGCAUCUUCGACGACACCAACACAGAAGAGUUGCGGAAGAUAACAAAAGAAUGUUACAUAGAAGCAGAAGAUUUUAAUUUUGAUCCGACAUGCAUUGAUUGGGAAGACUACAUGAUGAACACUCACAUUCCAGGAUUCCUGAAACAUGUCCUAAGCAAAUGAUGGAUUUGCAUUACGAUGUAAUUAAUAUGUGUUAUGAUCGAUCAUAUAUGCAUGUAUGUCUCUUUCUGCCUCUGUAAACUUUUAAUAAGUUUUUCUGAAACUCCGGUAUUUAUGAUGAAUUAUGAAAUAAAACAACUAGCUAAACG